AACUCUUGUUUUUUUAGCCGGCUUGAUUAUUACUUAUUUAGACAUUGGAGUAUCUAGCCUGGAGACCAACCUCAGAAUUUUGCAGCAAUGUUGUUAAUAUCAUGUCGUAUUGGUCGGUUAGCUGAAGUGAAGAUCUACGCUGGAGAAGGCUUUGGAGUUCUUUGCAAUUACAACUACGUCUCUGGCAAAGCCGAUCACGUCUGCGAUCAUGAGAAGGUGUGGCUCUGCUUAAGGCGGGGCUCCACCAAAGGAGUUCACUAUUCUUGGGAGGGAGAGUGAGUAGAGCUGGAUAAGAAUUUCGGUUAUCGGAAGAAUCUACGAGCUAAGUAGAAUUUUUGGGUAGGAGGUAGGGAGAUGGCAUUUUGGACAUACUUUUUGGGCUAAGGGAAAGAUAUGAGACUUCAACAGAAAGUCUAUCUAUGGCUGUCAAAAUCAUUUCCAAACCCAUGCUAUGCAGUUUUUGACUUUUUGGUAUACAUUUUUAUUGCAAUUAUUUUUUGUUAUAACUUACCAUCUUCUAUAAUUUUCAGGAAUACAAUCCCAAUCCUACAUUUUGAAAGUAGUCUAAUAGAUUAACACGAACCAUUUCACUGAAGUAUUGAUUAACUCAAGGUUUUGAACGUCAAUUUGCAAAUUCAUUUCUAAGUUACUCUAACUUCAAUUUAUUUGUUAUGAGGGAAGAAGAAAGUAAAUGGUUUAGUAUCACAUGGAUCACUGCAUACUGGAUUGUUCUCGCCAAAAUUAUGGGUUGUAGUGUUUUGGUGUGAGUUUUGCAUCAUUGCAUGAGCUGAAGCAACAUUUUAAGUUAAGACUCGAACUUUAUAGAAGAGGUGAAAUGGUCAUUGAAGAUUUGAACCGAGUAGCUGAAUGUCUAGCUAUAGGUGGCAAGUGUGUGGGUUUUUGGAGCUGAGUAAGUUCGAACCAUGGUGAUAUUAAUUUUAUCUUCUUUCUCAAUGAUACACUAUUCUUCAUCUGGAAAACAUUUUAUCUUCUUUCUCAAUGACAUGGAUCACAGCAUAUUGGAUUGUUCUAGCCAAAAUUCUGGUUUGUAGUGUUUUGGUGUGAAUUUUGCAUCAUGGCAUGAGCCUUGUUUUUAUUU